UUUUUGAUGCUGAAGUUUCCAAGUUCUAUAAAAGACCGUAACUUCGACGAAACACUGAAAAUCGUGAAAGUCAAACUACAACUGAAGAGGUUACAUUAACUCCCUGCAUUAUACUAUGUUUCACUGAACAACAUGACGUCAAAGCCACUGUGCAUUUUGUUCUUGAGCAUCCUCGCUCUUAAUGUUCUCCUGCCGGACUCAUUAGCAACAAAUACAAACGAUGAGUGCAGCCAAGAUGAUGCACCAAUUUGUAUAGCCUAUAAAAGAUAUUGUAAUGAUCCGGAUGGAGCGUUUGCACCUGUUAUUGCGCGCUGUCCACACAUGUGUAGGAGGUGCCCCAAUGACUGUAGACAGCCCGAUGCACAAUAUUGUAUAUCGGUAGUCUAUAAAAAAUAUUGUGAUAAUCCGGAUGGAGCGUUUGCACAAGAAAUGGCGUACUGUCCACACAUGUGUGGGAGAUGCCCCUGUGGGUAA